AAGUUGAAGCCAUUCUCAACAAGAUUAAGGGUCACUUGGUUAUUUUCCCAACACAAUUCUUGGAGAAUGAGGAGCUGCAAGGCGUGCAUCAGACUCUUGAUGAUCUCAUACUUUUAAAGUUAGCUGGCUAA